AUGGAUUCAACCCCGUGUGCUGAUUCCAUUAGAAGCGCGAAUCCAUGGGCAACAUGGGCGUAUCGUGAAUCAUGUAUCGUGCCUCGGACAAACAUGGAAGUUGGUAAAAGCUUUGAAAACAUUCCGAAUAAUUCAAAGUAAGCAUAAAUAUUAAAUAUUAUAAUUAGGACCUGGAUUUAAAUACACUAAAAAUCAUCGAAAAAUGAUUAAAAAAUAGCUGAAAAUUCUUUUCAAAAAAUAACAUAUUUUGUUUUAACUGAUUGUUUUAUUGGGUAAUUUAUGAUAUUUUUAUUUUGUUUAAAAAAAACCAUUUUCGUUUUUUAUAGCACCCAUCUAAAGUACAUUAACAAAAAAGUCAAAAUAAGGUUAUAUUCGAUUUAUAAUUGAGUAGUCGUUGUAAAAUUAAAUUAAAAUAUAUGAAAUUAACUUGAUUCCUUUGACUUGAUUGUUAAUUUUUUUUGCGAUAAAAAAAUUGUAUGAUGCAUAUUUUUUAGAGACUGAGGGGAACAAGAAAGGUUUUAUUAAGAUGUAAUUUUACUUCUUAGAAAAAAUUUUAAAUUAUUUAAUACUAUCUUGUUGUAACAUAGUAUCAUACAUUAAAGCAUGUAUAAUUUAUACAACAUGGUACAUUCUUUAAAUUGUUUUCUGACAUUUUCAUUUAACAUUAUAAUUAAUCGUUAAUCGUACAGUCAUGGUCCGCAUGUUUGGAAAAGUGUGGACACAACCCUGUGUACUGCUCCCGUAAGAGGCCCGACUCCAUGGAAAAGGUGGGCGUGUCGUGAGUCAUGUAUCUUACGUCGGACGAGCAUGGAAGUCGAUAAAAGCAUUGAAAAUUCCCUAAAUCAUUCAAAGUAAGCAUACUUAUUUAAUAUUAUAACUAGGCCCGGAUUUAAAUGUACUAAAAAUCAUAGAAAAAUGCAUUAAAAAAUAACUAAAAAUAACAUAUACAUGUUGUUAAUUUAUUGUUUUAUUAGGAAAUUUCUAUUAUGUUAAUUUUAUUUAUAAAAAAAAAAAAACAAAUUUAAAAAACUCAAUUAAAUAUUCUAAAAAAUAAAUUGCUUUAUUUUUAUAUUUAUAGGCCAAUUGAAGGAGACAUUAUUGAAGACAACACACAUUAUAACAUUGAUAUUGAAAAUAUAUCAGUAAAUCCACAGUGAGUAUUGUGUAAUUUAGUGUUAUACCUUCUGAUGAACUUGUACUGUUUGGUUUUUUAAGUUUUUUCUUUUAGAUUCUGAGUGGAGCGAAAAAGCUUAUGGUUUUAUAAAUAUUUGUGCGCAGAACUUUUCUAACAGAAAUCUUGUUCAAAUUUGUAUGUGUAGUACCUUUCCUAAAAGAAAAUCAGAGUGGAGAGGUACUUUAGGGAGGUAUUUUUCGAUUUUCUCAAGAAUUAUCUUAUCAUGUUUGAAAAUCUGAAAAAAAUUUAAGAAAAACGGGAAAAUAUAAGAAAUAUAGGUUUUAGUUAAAAUAUAUUACGGCCUUCUUUUUUCCCGUAAACAUCUUUUCUAUAAACAAUUUGGCUUUUAUUUAUAAUAAUAGAAAUAUUUCUGAAAGGAAAUUUGACUAGGAAGGUAUUUUAAGGAGGUCAUUUUUCGAUUUUCUCAGAAGUUUUCCCAAUAAAUGAAAGAAAUCGGGAAAAAAUCGUAGGAAAAUCGGUACAACAAUAAAUAAAAUAUUAUUAAUAAAAAUAUAUAAUGUAUAUUUAAUUAUUUUACCAUAAUAUGAUAUAUAUUGUUGACAAAGCAUCACUAUCAACUGAACUGCGGUCAAAAUCUUUUUUUCGUUAGCAAUUACAUUAAAUUACUUAUAACAGUGACUGUACUCAUCCCCAAUUAUCUUAGGACGUCUUUUUUAAAUGUAAAAAGAUAAUAAACAUCUAAUCUUAAAUGUCCAUGAUAAUAUUGGUUUUAUGAAAUUCCCACUUAUUAUAUUGACCUUACCAUGUUUGCUAAGACAUUUUGUUUGUAUUGUAUAGCACCCACCUAAGGUAUAUUAACAAAACAUUUUGAAAGGUACAUUUGAAUCAUUAUUGAAUCAUUGUUAAAUUGAUUUCAAACAUAUAAAAGUAACUUGAUUCGUGUGAAUUAACUCUGAACUAUUUUCGAAAAUCAUUAUUAUAAUAUUGAAAAUAAAAUUGUAUGAUGCACAUUCUUUGAAAUUUGAGGGAAAUAAGAUAUAAGUUUUAUUAGGAUGUUAUUUUUUUUCUGAUAAAAAUAUUUUAAUAUUCAACUGCUUAAAACUAUGUUCUUGUAUCAUAGUAAUAAACAUUAAAACGUCUGGAGUUUUUACACCAUGAUACAUUCAUUGAAUUAUUUUCUGAGAUUUUUAUUACUUAAUUUGAAUAUACAAUUUUUAUUCCUUCGAAAUUUUUUUUUCGGGUUUCCCUUGCAAUUAAAUUCAUACUGUGUCACAAAUUAUGUGUAAUUUCUGCCCUGUGUUAUCUUAUUGUUAAUGUUAAAUUUUUAAAGGAUAAUUUGUUUUAAACUUAUUUUAAAAACCCAUUUUUAUAAUCUUAUAAUUGUAUUGUUUUUUAAAAAACUAAUUGUUAUAUUUUUAUAUUUAUAGACCAAUCGGAGAAGAAAUUAUUGAAGAUAAUACACAUUAUAUCAUUAAUAUUGGGAAUACAUCAGUAAACACAGAGUAAGUAUUGAGUAAUUUAUUGUUUUACUUUUUCGUUAAAUGGUACUGUUUGUUUAUUUUUUAAAUAUUUCCUUUUAAAUUGUGUAAUGUUAACAAACAUCGAAUCAUGAAUAUCCGGUAUAAUAUUAAUUUUAUGAAAUCCCCACAUAUUAUAUUUACUGAACCAGGUACGCUCAGAAUAUAUUUUUCUUAAUUCUUAAAUUAUUUUUGAAUCAAUAUGAUAAUAUUGAAAAAAAAAUUGUAUGAUGCAUAUUUUUUGGAGUAUGAGGGAAUCUAAAUUAUAUUAAUAAAAAAUUGUAUUUUAAUCAUUAUCAAAUUGAAUUAAAACAUGCACAAAAUAACUUGAUUUUUUUGAAUUAAUUGUUAAUUUCAUUUGGAAUAAAAAAAAAUUGUAUGAUACACAUAUUUUAGAGUCUCAGGGAAGCAAAUAAGCUAUAAGUUUUUUUAAGAUGUUAUUUUUUUUCUUAAAAAAAAAAUAUUUCAAUUAUUUUUUAUUACAGUGCAAAUAUAAAGAGAGUGUAGACAUACUGAGAGUUGCUCUAAUUGGAGGACAGAUUUGACCGCUAUUAAUUGGCUAUUUUUCAUUUUGAAAAGAUGUUUUAAAAUACAUUACUAUAUGUCAUAUAGAUUUUUUUAAUGUACAAGUUAUUUAGUUGUUGUUAAAUAAAUAUUAAAUUACUAGUUUAAGUUUUCAUGCAGGUAUGAAGGUACAUAGAUUCUCAGGGGUUUUUCCAAUAAAUUGGAAAAAAUAGGAAAAUUUACAAAUGUAUAGUAAAAUAUUAUGGCUUUUUUUUCCCCUGUGAACAACUUUUCUAUCAACAAUUUUCCUCCGAUUUACAAUGAUAGCACUUUUUUUGAAAGAAAAUCUAUCUGUGGUGGUACUUUUAAAAAUUCAUUUUUUGAUUUUCUUUGGAGUUUUCCCAACAAAUGGGGAAAAAAAAGGAAAAAUUGUACAAAAUGUAUGUUAUUUCAUAUAAUCUAUGAGUAAUACUUUCUAAGUAAAUUCAGUUUUCGUAUUAAGGGACAUUUAGGUUUUUUAAAAUACAGGUAACAUCACAAUGAAGUUAGAUGUUUUCAAUUUUAGGUUUUAAUUUAUAGUAAGUAAAUAACUAAUCCUACACAUACUUUAAGGGAAAUCGAUUGGCUAUUUUAAACGGGCUAUACAAAAAUAAAUUAAGACAUUGUUUUAAAUCUAUAUGUUAAUAUAUUGUAAAACUAAUCACUGAGUAAGUUUAUUUAAAAUGUGGCAUUAUAGCAAGAGGCCACGGCUGCCAUGGAUUUUCUAAAAUAGAAAAGCGUUUUAUAGGACUUAAAUAUAUAUUUCCAUUAAUACCUUGUCUAUUGUUAAUAAUAUAUAGCUGUUUAUACAUUUAAGAAAAUGGUAAACAUUUAACGCUUUAUCAACAAUAAUUUAUUUGUGUACCAAUUUCAUCAGUUAUGGUUGUUCAUUAAUAAUGUCAAUAUUUACAAUAAAUUGCUUACCUACUACAAUAUGUUACAUAGCGAGUAUGAAAUAAAGAAAUUAUAAAUUAGUACACUCAGAAUAAUAUUUUAUUUUACAUAUAGUAAAAUAAAAUUAUAUUAAAUAUAAUUUAACAAGAAAUAUUUUAUAAAAAUUAUAUUUUUUGGUAAUUUGAAACUGUUAAUUUUAAAAUAAAUAUUUGAAAUUUUCUAGAAUAUAAUAACAAAUACCUAUAACAUAUUAUUAAUUAAAACUUUAUCAUAAAGCUUGAAAAAUUAAUACUUGAGAAUAAAAGAAAACAAUUUGAAAUUAAAACUAUAAAAAAACAUGUAAUGACUUAGUAACUAGUAUGCACUAAAAUGUCAGUUUAGCCAAUAAAUGGCGGUCUAAUCUAAGGGCGUCCAUCUUCGAAAAUCCAGGGGGUGGGACACUGUACUUUUUCAAUAAUAUUGACCAUUCUGUUAACCUGUUAACUGUUAUAUAUAAGUUUACGUAGAAUAAUAUUAUAUGACUGUAUUCAUAUAACAGUGUUUGUUAAUUUAUCAUAACUAUAUAAUUAUUUAUAGAAUAAAUAAGAGAAGUCGCUCAAUUUUUAAUAAAAUGUAAAAUAUACAACAUAAAUAAUUCACUUUAUUGUUUAAUUAACACAAUUAGUGUCUAUUACUAGAUACUUAAAAAAGUAAAAACAUUAUGUAAUAAAAUAUAAUUAAACGUUAAAACAAAAAGCGGGGGUUUGGUGACUUUGGUAAAAUCAAUGACAUAUUCAGUUAUUCAACAAUCAUAAUAAAAUCAUUGACAUAUUUUUCUCAUACUAAUAUAAUACACAAUAAUUUUUCUUCAAUGUAUCAAUUAUAAUAUAUUUGUAUAAAUGUAUAAUAGCAACUGAAAAGUCAAGGGGGACAUGUCUCCCCUUUGCCCCCCCCCCAAUGGACGCCCUUGACCUAAUCUCUUAUCACUCCAUAUAGCCAUACUCUCUCUAACAUAGCACUCUUUUUAAAACUAUCUUGUUGUAUUAUAGUAACAUACAUUAGAACGCGUGGAGUUUUUACAUCACAAUAUAUUUUUUGAACUAUUUUCUGAUAUUUUCAUUUAUCAUUUAUCAUAUUAAUCGUUAAUCAUACAGGUACAAUCCGUAUGCUUGGCAAAGUAUGGACACCAUCCUAUAUGCUGCUCCAGUAGAAGGCCAUAACCCAUGGGAAACGUGGGCGUGGCGCGAGUCAUGUAUUGUACCUCGGACAAAUAUAGAAGUUGAAGAUAGCUUUGAAAAUUCUUCAAAUCAUUCAAAGUAAACAUAAAUAUAAAAUAUAAUAACUAGGGCACGGAUUUAAAUGCACUAAAAAUAGUUAUUGAAAAAUGCAUUAAAACAGCCAAAAAUGCCAUUAAAUGACAUGUGCAUUUUUUAAUAUAUUGUUUUAUUUUAUUUAAAACAAAAAUAUAAACAGAGUGUCGAAAAAUUUGACUAAAUUUUCUUAAAAUGAAUUGUAUUUAUAUAUAUAUAUAUAUAUAUUUAUAGACUAAUUAUUGAUGAAGAUAUUAUUGAUGAAGAAAUUACUGAUGAAGAAAUUAUUGAUGAAGAUAUUACUGAUGAAGAAAUUAUUGAUGAAGAAAUUAUUGAAGAUAACACACGUUAUAACAUUGAUAUUGAAAAUAUACCAAUAUCAGUAAAUACAGAGUAAGUAUUGUGUAAUUUAAAUUUAUACUGUCUUGUUAACUGAUACUGUCUGUUUUUUUUAAGUAUUUCCUUUUAAAUCUUAUAAUUGUACAUAUAUCUAAUCUCGAAUGCCCAGGAAAAUAUUGAUUUUAUGAAAUGUCCACCUAUUUUAUUGACCUAACCAUGUACACUCAAGAAUUUUAUUUAUUUUAUAGCAUUCACCUGAAGUACAUUAACAAAAACAUUUAAAGGUUACAUUCGAUUCAUAAUUGAGUAAUCAUUAUCAAAUAGAAUUUAAACACAUACAAAUACCCUGAUUUGUGACCUACCUACGUAAAUUCAAAAUUUUUUUUUGUAUUUUAUAGCACACACAAAGUACAUUAACAAAUAAGUUUGAAAGGUUUAUUUGAAUCUUUAUUGAAUCAUUAUCAAAUUGAAUUUAUACAUAUAAAAACAACUUGAUUCGUGUGAAUUGAUUCAUAAUUUCUUUUUAAAUAAAUGUAAUAACAUUGAAAACAAAUUGUAUGAUGCACAUUUUUUGGAAUCUGAGUGAAGCAAGAAAGCUAUAAGUUUUUUAAGAUGUAAUUUUUUUUCAUGGAAAAAAUAAUUAAGUAUUUAAAAUUAUCUUGUUGUAUCAUAGUAACAUAUAUUAGAACGUAUGGAGUUUUUACCUCAUGAUACGUUCUUUGAAUGCACAACCUGGUGGUCGUGACACCUAAGUUGGUCGUCAAUAUUUUUACACCAAAUGAAAAAUAUAUAUACAUAUUAUUUUAUAUAACGUAAUAUUUCUUGUACCGUUUGUGGUCAUAUUAAUCGUAAUAUGGUCAUAUUAUUAUCUUAAUUUUGCGAUAACAAAUUCUAUUUAAUCACGCAGUAUAUGUGUUAUUUUUAAAUUUAAUCAGAUUUACUAGCGAUAAUAAAAAACAAAUAUCGCCCCAGAUUGAAUGCCGAAGUAGAUUUAAGAGUGGCAGUCUCAAAUAUCAACCCCAAUUUAAAUUCAAUCAUAUCUAUAGUUAAUAGGUCACAAGCAAAUUGGUCUCAUUAAACCAUGUAAUUUUAUAAUUUUAAAUCAUUAAAAUGUUGAUUAUAAUUAUAACAAUUUCGGUAAUUUUUUCUUGUUUUAGAAUCAAAAAUUUGGAUAAAUUAAAUUCAACAAAUAUUAAAAUUGCCUAAAAUUGACGGUUUAAUUUAUAAGACUAUAAUUAUUAUAUACAUUAAUUAAAUAUAUACGUAUUGUACACUAAUGUAAUAUUAGUAGGAAGGGGAGGUCGAAAUAUAUUAAUUGGUGGCCGUGGAUAAAAAAAGGUUACGCACCACUGGUUUGCACAUAGAUGUGACUGUGCAUUUUCCUAAAUCGGCUGUUAUAACUUCAAUAUCAUACUUUUAUCAUUUCCGAGGAUGUUAUCUCUAUUGUGGCGUUUCCUUCUACAAUUACGUCAGAAUAUCUUGCUUAUUGGGUGAUAUUCCUUUGAUAUUGAUUAAAAUCGUUGUAAAGGUUGGCCCCGGGUUCCUGUUGAUCUUGCUUGUUCUUCUGUGUGAUUUUAUCUUGUUUAUGUUGACGUUGCCUAUGCCGAAGAGUUUGGCACCGGGGUAGUAAUCUAGAGAGAACGAUUCUGCUGUUGCCUGAAGUACACCGCGUAGAGGUUUCUUCCAUGUAACCCAUUCUUUGAAUUAUUUUCUAAAAUUGUCAUUACUUAUUUUAAAUAUACGACUUUUUACUCUUUUUAAAUUUCUAUUUCGGGUUUUCUAUGUUAUUAAAUUCAUACUAUGACUCAAAUUAUGUGUAAUUUCUGCCCUGCGUAUCCUUACCUGUGUAACCUAGCCUUAUUGUUAAUAUUGCAUUUUAAAAAAAUUAUUUGUUUUAAACUUAUUUUACAAACCCAUUUAUAUAAUUAAUUUAUAACAUUUUCUAAAAAACGAACUGUUUUAUUUUUAUAUUUAUAGACCAAUUAUUGAAGAAGAAAUUGUUGAAGAUAACACACGUUAUAACAUUGAUAUUGAAAAUAUAUCAGUAAAUGCAGAGUGAGUAUUGUGUAAUUUAGAUUUAUACUGUCUUGUUAACUGAUACUGUCUGUUUUUUUUAAGUAUUUCCUUUUAAAUCUUAUAAUUGUACAUACAUCUAAUCUCGAAUGCCCAGGAAAAUAUUGAUUUUAUGAAAUGUCCACCUAUUUUAUUGACCUAACCAUGUACACUGAGAAAUAUUUUUUUUUUUAAAUUUAUAGCAGACACGUAAAAUACAUAAAAAAAAAAUGUUUGAAAGGUAUAUUUGAAUCAUAAUUAAGUAACCAUUGUCAAAUAUAAUAAAAGCAUAAAAAAAAUAACUUGAUUCGUGUGAAUUGAUUGUUAAUUUCUUUUUGAAUAAAAUCAAAUUGUAUGAUGCACAUUUUUUAGAGGCUGAGGGGAGCAAGAAAGCUAUAAGUUUUAUUAAGACUUCAUUUUUUUUCUUAGAAAAUGUAUUUAAGAAUUUAAAAUUAUGUUGUUGUAUCAUAGUAACAUACAUUAAAACAUAUAGAGUUUUUACAUCAUGAUACAUUCUUUGAAAUAUUUUCGCAUAUUUUUAUUACAUAUUUUGAAUAUCCGAUUUUUUAUUAUUUUGAAAUUUCAUUUUCGGGUUUCCUAUACAAUUAAAUUGAUACUGUACAUACAAUAAUGUGAAAUUUCUGACCUUUGUUACCUUGUUUUUAAUAUUGAAUUUUUAAAAAAUUAUUUGUUUUGAAACUUAUUUAAAAAACCAUUCAUAUAAUUGAUUUGUAAUAUUUUCUAAAAAACCAUUUUUUUUUUUUUUUUUUUUUUUUUUUUAUUAUAGACCGAUUGAAGAAGAAAUUAUUGAAGACAACACAUGUUAUAACAUUGAUAUUGAAAAUAUAUCAGUAAACACAGAGUGAGUAUUCCGUAAUUAAUUGUUUUACUAGCUGUGGUUUUUCAAGUAUUUCUGUUAUAAUCUUAUAAUAUUAACAAACAUUUAAUCAUGAAUGUCCGGGAUAAUAUUGAUUUUAUUAUUUUUUGGAGUAUGAGAUAACCUAAAGUACAUUAACAAAAGAGUUUGAAGACUAUUUUUGAAUCAUUAUUGAGUAAUCAUGAUCAAAUUGAAUUCAAACAUAUAAACAAAUAUUUUGAUUCAUGUGAAAAGAUUGUUAAUUUCUUUUUCAAUCAAAAAAAAUUGUGUGAUGCACAUUUUUUAGAGGCUGAGGAGAGCAAGAAAGCUAUGUUUUAUUAAGACUUAAUUUUUUUUCUUUGAAAACGUAUUUAAGAAUUUAAAAUUAUGUUGUUGUAUCAUAGUAACAUUCAUUAAAAUAUGAGGAGUUUUAUACAACAUGAUACAUUCUUUGAAUUAUUUUCUGACAUUUUUAUUACUUAUUUUGAAUAUCCAGUUUAUUUUAUUAUUUUUUGGUUUCCUUUGCAAAUACAUUUAUACUGUACCUCAAAUUGUGUGCAAUUUCUACCCUGUGUUACUUUAUGGUUAAUACUGAAUUUUAAAAAAAUAAUUUGUUUUGAUACUUAUUUUUAAAAAACCAUUUAUAUAAUUAAUUUGUAAAAUUUUCCAAAAAUUGAAUUGUUUUAUUUUUAUAUUUAUAGACCAAUUGAUGAUGAAAUUGAUGAAGACAACACGUGUUAUAACAAUGAUCUUGAAAAUAUAUCAUUAAACACAGAGUGAGUAUUGCCUAAUUUAGUGUUUUUGGCAUUAUUAUUUUUGAUAUUUGUUAAUAAAGAAUCUUCAGAUUAAAUCCAUUUUACAAAUGGUGGAUAGCAAAUGUAGUAAAUAUCGGGCGUUCUAAACCUUAUUAAACUUCUCGGAAACAUUAGAAAAAUGUACCUAUAAUGCUAUAACCUAAUCAAAUUUUUAAUUUUUUUAACACUUACGGUGGUUAGGAAUAACUAGUGAAUAGGCUGUUUUGUCCAUAGUUAUCUAAUUAGGUUGGAUUAUAACAUGAUUAUAAGUAGAGAAGUGAACAAAAAGUGUUUUAUUAGGUCUGAGCACAUUAUGCUUAUAUUUUGUAGUAUUUAUGUUAUGCAUAUUAAUAUAUGAUAAAGUUUAUUAUUACAAUUGUAUUACAUUUGUUUUAGUAUUGUUGUAUAUGAUGAUUAAAGAUACUAUAUGUUUUAUGGGAGAAUAUCUGUUAGAAUUUAAUAAUAGGCUUGAAUAGUACUUGACAUGAAAUUAUUAGUUUUAAAAGUUUUAAAGUUUAAGAAGUUAAAGAAGUUUUAAAAGUAAACAUAGUGUUACAAUCAUUAGAGUUAAUAUGGCCCCUUCCACAGACAUGGUAUUUAUGAUAAUGGUAGAUACUAAAUUAUAUUUAGUACCUAAUUUAUUAGAUGGUUUUGUAAAGACUUUGUAUAUGUGUAUUGGAAUAGCAGUAAUUUGUACGAUUAUUAUAUUUUUCAGAUCAAUAUCCGUAUCUGAAGAAGAAGAAGAAAGGAUUAAUACCCCAGUAAAAAAAGUAGUCUCCAUUGACGGUUUUGUUAAUAAGAGUACAAUUUCUAUUGAAAAGGAUAAUGUGAAAUCUAUUUUAUGUAAUGAAUCACAAUUUCAGUGUGCUCAUUGUGGUAACUCGUAUAGUUCAAAAUCGAGUUUGAGAAGUCACAUGAUAACUCACAAUGUAAUAACACCACACCCAUGUAAAAUAUGUGGUGAAUCAUAUUCGACCUUUUCCUUUUUACAAAAUCACAUGAAAGUUCAUAAUCGUAAUUUUCCGCACCAAUGCAAUGUAUGCAAGAAGACAUUUUUGCGAAAAUCGAAUUUAAAGUUUCAUGAACGAAUUCACACUGCUGAAAGACCACAUCAAUGUCACAUUUGUCAAAAGACAUUUUUGUUAAAAGGCAAUUUAACAGCUCAUGAAAAACUUCACAAUGGGGAAAGGCCACAUCAAUGUCAUUUAUGUGAAAUGUCAUUUUCACAAAAAGGAAAUUUAAUGAGACAUACUAGAAUUCACACGGGAGUAAAACCUUUUGAAUGUGAUAUUUGUAAAAAGAUAUACUCCCAAAAAAUUAGUUUAAUAAAUCAUUUAAAAACUCAUGAAAAACCGUAUGAAUGUAAAGUGUGUAAAAUGACAUUUUCAGUAAAAAGCUCUUUAAAGGAUCAUGAAAUAACUCACAAUCGAUGUAAAAUAUGUAAAAAGACAUUUUCAAAAAAAGCUGUCUUGGUAAAACAUAAAAUAACUCAUUCGAAAGAAAGACCCUAUGAAUGCGAUUUUUGUGAAAUGACAUUUUCUCGAAAAGGAAAUUUAAAGGAGCAUUUGAUAACUCACAGUGGAGAAUAUCCACACCAAUGUGACAUUUGUGUAAAGUCAUUUGCACUAAAAAAAAAUUUAAAGAGACAUAAAAAAACUCAUCAUCAAAAGCCUUAUUAUUGUAACUUUUGCCAUAAAACAUUUGCUCAAAUUUCCGAUCUAAAUGUUCACAAAAAGAGACAUAAAAAAUUAUUGAAAAUGCAUUUUUAA